ACCAACCAAAAAAAAAAAAACCUGGAGCAGCUCUUUUCUUCCCACUUCCUCAAUCCGCAGCCAAUAUAAAGUCCACCAGCGGCUCCUCCAUCACAGAAGUUCACUUCAGACGACUCAACUUGCCAGAAUGUUUCUGUGUGCUUGUGUGCUGCUGCUGCUGACUUCGGCUCUGGGCCAUCCUCUGGAUGAGGCCACUCUGGACGCCCACUGGGAACAGUGGAAGGUCACACACAGGAGGGAAUACAAUGGACUGGAUGAGGAGGGGAUCCGGAGAGCCAUCUGGGAGAAGAACAUGCUCAUGAUUGAGGCCCACAACCAGGAAGCGGCGCUGGGCAUGCACUCCUACGAGCUGGGCAUGAACCACCUGGGAGACAUGACAUCAGAAGAAGUGGUUGAGAAGAUGACUGGUCUCCAGAUGCCCGAUUCCAGGGACCGGCGCUUCACCAUGGCCCACGACGACACGCUGGAGAGGCUGCCCAAGUCCAUCGACUACCGCAAGAAGGGAAUGGUGACGCCUGUCAAGAACCAGGGAUCCUGUGGUUCGUGCUGGGCCUUCAGCUCAGCGGGGGCCCUGGAGGGCCAGUUGGCCAAGAAGACCGGACAGCUGAUGGACCUCAGUCCCCAGAACCUGGUGGACUGCGUCACAGAAAACAAUGGCUGUGGCGGCGGCUACAUGACCAACGCUUUCAACUAUGUGGAGGAAAAUGGAGGCAUUGAUUCUGAGGAGGCCUACCCAUAUGUUGGAGAGGAUCAGCAGUGUCGCUACAACGCCUCAGGCAUGGCUGCCCAGUGCAAAGGAUACAAGGAGAUCCCGGAGGGGGAUGAGCGGGCACUGGCGGUGGCGCUGUAUAAAGCGGGACCCGUCUCUGUGGGCAUCGACGCCACGCAGAGCAGCUUCCAGUUCUACGUGAGAGGUAUUUACUACGACCGCAACUGUAACAAGGACGACAUAAAUCACGCCGUGCUGGCAGUGGGCUAUGGAGUGACCUCCAAGGGCAAGAAAUACUGGAUCGUCAAGAACAGCUGGAGUGAUACCUGGGGUAACAAAGGCUACAUCCUGAUGGCACGUAACCAUGGCAACCUCUGCGGCAUCGCCAACCUCGCCAGCUACCCCAUCAUGUGAGCAAGAAUGACGCAUCACAAGGCUCCAGGGCACAAGGGAAAAUGUGAAGGACCUCGGUGCCCAUCCGUGGACAUCUUGACACUAGAUCAAAACACACACAAACACACACACACACACACACACACACACACACACAUAUAUAAUGCACAAAAGCUGCUUAUAGGAACAAAUCAAACGAGUUUCCUUCCAAAAUAUCAACCCUAAAAACAAUAUCUGACAAAGAAUGUUGACAUUAACUUACUGUGGGGUAUUAUUGAGUUGCUAACAGACUAAACACUUCAGUUGCUAAAAUAGUUCUAGUGGAUAGAAUCAUUUCUGUAUCACGCUAGGACUAGUCAGUGAAACUCAGGCAAACAGGAGAAGGACUUGCAUUGUUUUGGAAUGAAAUUCUCCCAGUGAUGAAACAGUCACUUGUUUGGUCUUUUAGUCAAGCGUCCUAACAGUAUCAAUACUUUGGAGUUACCAUCAUGAAUCCUUUUAAGCACUUUGAACAACUUUUAUCUCUAAACCACCAGAUUUUCACUACAGUUUGACCCUUUCUGGAAAUUAACUUUCUAUGCAAUCAGGAUAGUAUUUUUUAUUUGGCAGCUGGCCACAGUGGCUAGUAAAACUGUUUUGAAAACCACCUUCAUGUCUUAACAUCCAAAGCAGUUGUUAGUAUAUAAAUGUCUUACACAACACAAUAACAGGCCAACGUAGCAUUUUAGAAUUACCAGAUAAUUAGCAUUACCAGGCUUGCUAUGUUUCACUGGUGACUUGGGCUCAUUUUCAGCUGGUUGUGAUACUGAUUUGUGUCCAAGCCUUACAGUUAACAUGGGCUGAAUUCAGCACGGCAGGGACCAUUGCUGGGCAGCAUUAGUUCCUUGGUUUUGUUAGUGCAGAAUUUCCUUUUUUGACUUUUACAUGUUUAACCAGUGAUUAUAUUGAUUCUAGGAUGACUUUGUUUUUGAUGCUCCGUUCAGCACUUUUGAAAACAGUGACUUGAUGUUUUCUAUGAAAUAAAGGUUUCAUUUCGAA